AUGUUCCGCGGUGAAUACCACGGUAAACAGUCCCACGAAGAUGAUGUAGACGAUGUUAUCCAGCGUGCCAAAGAUGUGGGAUGUUCCAAAUUCAUGGUCACAGGUUCCGAUCUCGAGGAGUCAAAGCAUGCCGUGAGCAUCGCCAGCAGAUACCCUGGAUUCUGUUACGCAACCGUCGGUGUACACCCAUGUCAAGCAAAGCUUUUCGAUGAGUACCCAGGUGGUCCAACAAAGAUGCUAGAGGAGCUUCGUGCCCUAGCAAUAGAAUCCCAGCAAGCCGGCCACGCCGUUGCAUUUGGCGAGAUUGGCCUAGACUACGACCGUCUUUUCUUGAGUGCCAAAGAGCCCCAGCUAAAGUAUUUUGAAGCACAACUUGAUCUUGCCGUUGAGAUCCAGAUGCCUCUUUUCCUCCACUCUCGCGCAGCAAGUGAGGAUUUCGAGCGCCUGCUCGCUCCACGACUUGCGAAUCUCCCUAAGCGUGGUCUUGUGCACAGCUUCACAGGCACAAUGGAGGAGAUGAAUCGGAUGGUUGCGUUGGGCCUCGAUGUCGGAGUUAACGGGUGUAGUAUGAAGACUGAGGAGAAUUUGGAAGUUGUCAAAGCUAUUCCGCUGGAUAGGCUUCAGAUUGAGACCGAUGGGCCUUGGUGCGAAAUUCGUCCUUCCCAUGCGUCUGCGAAGCAUUUGGAUGGUGCGCCGGAGUUGCCUAAGGCUGUUAAGAAGGAGAAAUGGACGAAGGGGUGUAUGGUCAAGGGCCGCAAUGAACCUGUUGCUAUUGCGCGUGUGGCUCAUGUUAUUGCCAGCGUGAAGGGUAUUACCGUGGAGGAGGUUUGCGAAGCUGCUUGGAAUAACUCGAUCAAGAUGUUCGGCCUGGGUGGGGAAUGCUAG